GGCGUCACUGGCAAGCCCACGAGUUUUACUUCCAUUAAAUCAAAGGAGAAACAAAGUCCAAUCAAACAAUUAACUUAUUAUUGAUUAACUUUCUUUAUUGGCACACAUAGAGCUCUAUGUUAUACUCUUUGUCGACUUGUCUCGAUGUAUUAAUCCUCAACAACGCCAUUAAUGCUCGAGCAUAUCCGGAAAGGGAGUUUGCUUCCCUUCAAAUAAGGCAAACUUUUCCCCGGGGCUCAUGUAUCUUUACUUCAUAGGUAUAUACCAUUCUGGAAGUUCUAACAGCGCUCUUGCGGGCUAUUACCUGAAACAACGCAGACCUGGUCCGAACAGAACAUCGCCUUCUCCCUCAAAACAUGGGUGUCACACCGGUAAACCUCUACGGCCCACCCGACCCCCAGAAGUCUAACUUGACUUUUGGCCUCGAACUCGAAUUCGCCAUCGCCAUCUCUCUCAACCCAUCCGGCUCUAUCGAUCCUCACCCCAGCGAUCCCCGUCGCAUAACCGGGUUUGUAACUGGCCCUCAUGAUUCCUGGGUCGCCAAUCUCCACGAACACGUUGCUUCGACCCUAUUCUCCGUUGGAAUACCGGCAAUAGCGGUAAGGUCCAUAGGAGAAGCCUUCCCCACUGGUCACGAGAACUCCUGGGUCGUGAAACAUGACAACACUAUCAAAGCGCCAUCUUUGGAAGGUUAUCACUUCCUUCCUAUCGAGAUAAACUCUCCGCCGUACUAUUAUGGGCAUGAAAGCGCCUUUCAUGAGAUUGGGGUAGUGUGUCAGGUGUUGAGAGAUACGUACAGGAUCUCGUGUAAUAGGAGCUGCGGAGUACAAGUACACGUUGGCAAUGGGAUGGAAGGGUUCGCGUUCGAAGCGGUACAAAACUUACUGGCAACCAUUUGGACGUUCGAGGAGCAGAUCGAAACGAUUCAUCCGAAGCACAGGAUUGACAAUGAAGGUAUGUGUCCGUCUUUCAAAAGACACUCCGAACUCUCCAGGAGCCAUUCGAGGAAUGGGAAGUUGGACAUUCGUGCAGGGCUGGAGGAUAUUCUGAAUCAGAGAGGCAAGUCUGUUCAAGUCUUCGCACACAUGACAGAGCCUCGGACAGCAAUUUCCCAAAAAGGUGGGACCAGACUCGCAUAUCAUCUCGGGGAUGUCAGUGGUGAAAGGCCAAUCACUUGCUUGUACAAACGCACCGUUGAGUUCAGACAGCAUAAAGACAGUCUGGAACUUGAGGAGUUGGAGCUCUGGAUCAAAUUCUGUGUGCAGCUAAUGAUGUUUGCGGAUAGUAUCGAUAAGACGAAACUGGCGAACUUUUUGAGAGCUCAUGUCGGAACAAGCGUAGAGGAGUGCCCACUAGCAAUUGUCUUGGAGAAGCUCGGGAUGCCGUGGUUAGCGUACUGUUAUCCGAAGAAGAUUGCGGUUGACAGAGAGAUGGCGAAUGAGGAGGAGGUUCUUUGCUCGAUUGAAUUGGGCAUGGACAAAAUGCUCACACCAUUAUAAGUUUGAAAUGAAGUAGGGAUCAUAUAUUUAUACAUAUGAGUA